CAUGGCUCAUCAAAUACACUUGGUCUUUCUUCUAAUUUUUGUAAUUUUAUUCAAACUUCUACAAGUAUCUUCGGCUAGAUCAAAUGGAGAAAUAAAAAAGUUUGUUAUUAAUAGACAUGAGCUUAAUAGAAAAAUUCUUUUCGAAUAUACAAGAUCGAAGGAAUCAGACAACUGUAGGCAAUUAUGGGAGAUUCUUUAUACAGCUCGUUUCGAACCUGGAACUCCUGCAAUACCCCUCACAUUUGAAGAAGUAUCAAAGAAUUUGUGCAGAGCAUUUCACUUGUAUAACAAUAGUUUAACCGAUAAAAAAUACGUUAUUUUCAACAUUUCAUCAACUGUUUCGAGAAGGCUAGUGAUGCCUUGUCCAUUGGAUAAAUAUGGUGAAAAUUGUGAAAAGAGUUGCCAUUGCUCUAACAACGUUUGUGAUGAUAAGAAAAUUGGAAUAUCGUUAAAUAAUACUUGUAAAUUAUCUGAAAGUAAAGAACCAAAUGUCUACCUACAUCCAUUUUUUGAAGAUGAAAAUAAAUUUAUUUCUUGCGAAUUGUUUUCAAAACCAGUUGCUAAUCCCGAUGAUAUCAGUCUUCGUUUAAGUAAAACUAUCACAAUUGAAAGAUACAGUAUUAAUAAAUAUAUAGAAGAUAAUAUAUUGAUUGUGAAAUAUGAAUUAAAGGAAAAUUUUACAAAUAUCAAUACAUUAAAUGCUUCAUGCGUAUUUGAUUCUCGUAUAUUUAAUACAACAAAAGUUACUACUAAACUACUUGAAAUUCAUCAUGAAAAAUACUGUAGGAAAACAAAACCACAAAUUUCAUUGUUUCGAGGAGAAUAUUUAGUUGUAUUGAUUGAAUGGAAAUAUAAUAUAGACGAUUUCAAAUGUAAGAAAGCUUUGAGAGUUGGUUCUGUUAAACCUCAGAAAUUUGAAUAUCUAAAGGAUCUACGCAAUACUUGGAAUGAUCCAGAUGAUUCAAACCGCGUUGUUUUAACUGAAAAGCUUGGAGAUGAACAUUCAGACUAUAUUAAUGCUAGUUAUGUUGAUGGUUUCGAAAUGGAAAGAGAGUUUAUAGCUGCUCAGGGACCUACUAAAGCUACUAUUAAUGAUUUUUGGAGAAUGAUUUGGGAAUGUAAUACUAGAAUUAUUGUUGUUUUAACGAGAUUAUUAGAGAAUGGAAUGAGGAAAUGUGAUAAAUACUGGCCUGAAGAUAGUCAAGAUGAAUUUGACGAGAUAACAGUUAAACAUAGUAGUACUACUCAUCUAGCCAAUUACCUAGUUAGAACCUUCGAAUUGAAAUUUAGAGAGGAAAAGAAAAAUGUUGAACAGUACCAUUACGUUUCCUGGCCUGAUCACGGAGUGCCUAGGAAUCCCGCAGUUCUGUUAGAUUUUUGGAGGAAAGUUAAACAACGAUAUUCCAGAAUGUGUAUUGUAUCACCAAUCCUAGUACAUUGCAGUGCCGGAGUGGGUAGAACCGGAACUUUUAUGUCGCUAGACUAUCUAAUAAAUCAAGCGAAUAGAGACGAUGAGGUUGAUGUGAAAGGUUGCGUAAAAUUGUUAAGGGAACAAAGGAUAUAUUCAGUUCAAACACUAGAUCAAUAUAUAUUCUUAUAUUAUACUCUAUACGAAUAUACUUUAUAUGGAGAAACUACAACAACUUGUCAAGCAUUUCACAAGAAAUUCAAACUAAAUUCGGAUAAUUAUUCAACAAUUUGUAAAGAAUUUAAAUUUCUUAAACAACAUGUUAAGGAGAUAGAUAUAAUAAACGAAUGUAAAGUUGCUAUGCACGCCUCCAAUAUUGAGAAAAAUAGUAUUGUACCAAGAGACGAUGAAAGAUUUCGUUUAAAAAGUCUUGUAAUGGAAAAAGGAGAUUAUGAAGAAGCUAACCCAUGGGAUAAUUUAGAGUUAAUUGAACCAUUCACUUCAAGAUUAAUUGGGGAAAAAGUUCAAAAUAACAUAAAAAUAACAGAUUUUUCUGUAGAAUGGAAUGACAAGAAAAAAUGUUUCCGUCAAAUUCAAUUUGACAAUUGGAAAUCAGAUGUUAACGUUCCAAGUGUUGAACAAAUGGUUACCGUUAGAUUGUGUAUGAGAAAAUUACAACGGAAAACAAGAGAAAGUGCAGCAUUAGUGUGUUGUCCAAAUGGAGCAAAUAGAAGUGGAACAUUCUGUAUUCUAAAUACAAUACUCGAAAGAUUAGAUCUGGAUAGAGAAGUAGAUAUAUUUCAAGCUUGUCGUACUGUUGCUGAAAUAAGACCUCAAAUAUUAAAAGACAAGGUUGUUUUCUCUUGUUCAGAUAUACAUGUUAUCUUAUAA